UAAUUUUAGUUUCAGUUUGUAACCGGCUUUGGAUGUGUUAGGUGGCGUAUUUUGUGUGUCGCUUUAAAUCUUUGAAAAGUGUACGCGAAUCGAAAACAAUAGAAGGGAGUACAUAUUUAUUGCACCACACCACAGCAUACAUUUCAUUUCAAGUAACAAUAUUCAUAGAUAUACUCUUCUUCUAGUCGGGCGGAGUGUGAUUUCUCAUCUUCGGAGAUACCUACUUCAUGUGUGUUAUUUUUAUUAUAUGUACAACUUACGAUUUUUAAUUUAAAUUAUCACAAAAUAACCAAUCAAGUGACUUAAAAUAAAUAAAUAAAAUUAAGUGUCCUGUUAAAAGUAAAUUUUAAAUCUAAAAAAUAAUUGUCACUUGUUGCAACAAUACAUAAAUGCCUACCUACAUAUCAAACCUAAUUUUUAAAUAUAAAAAUCAACCCACCUUCUAGGAAUUGCCAUAAACGGAUUAAAAAAUAAUUAAAUUUUACCUUCUCUCUCUUAAUUGAAUUACCAUACAAAUUUUUGGAAUAACACUCAAAGAAAAACUGAGUUAACAUAAUGAGGACUCCCAUUUAAUUAUUCAAGGUUUCAAUAAACAUUUUUGAAGAUUGGAUCAAAGAUUAUCUUUUGAGGACGGACUCGAAUCAUACAAAAAAUUCUAAUCAAAAUAAUAAGGAAACGUCCAAAAUGUCAAGUUCAAAAAUAAUCCUUAAGAUAUUAUUCACACUUUGUGUGUGGUCGUUUGUUAUGCUGGGACUGUUUAAAAUUCAUGAUGGGCAGAUGGUAUCACAAGAAUAUGUUUCGGUUCCAAUAAAUGGUCGAAUUCUAUUACAAAAGGAAAACAAGUAUGGAAUUGAUCUAACCUCGACAACAACAGAUAGAUUUGAUCCCUAUGAAAUUCUGGUUGAUAAUAGAACUGCAAUGGACGAUGAGCAGCUUGUCCGUGACGUAGAAUCCCGAAUUCCGUCGCUCCCAAUAGCAUACUGGAGUAAAAACAAAAACUUUUUGCAACAAAAAUCCUCAACAUGUGCCAAGUACCCUUCAAUAUUUGAACUAGAAUUCAACAAUAUCUACUGGCAGACCAUGCGAACUUCAAACGGUACAUUUCAACUAUUUGGUGCAUACUAUGACAUUCGUAAGAGUUCACUACUCGGGCCAAGUGUACGUAUUUUAGGAAUGAUCGAUCGUAUUGAACCAAAGGUGAAAACAUUUUGCCAAUUUUGGUUUGACGGACAAAAAGAACCAUUUAUUGUGAAGACAUUCGAAUAUAAAUACAUUUGGUACAAUAAAUGGGGCAAUUAUAAACACGGUAUUUAUCAGCCAUAUUUAAUUGCCUGCCAAAUUCCAAAGCCAUUUCACGGAAUUGUUCCGUCAUCAGUGUCGAUGGUUGAAAGAGAAUGUGACACUGCCACAAACAAUUUACGAGUUAUUUACAAUCGACCACCCGACGAUCAAAAAAAGGGAUUUGCUGUUUGUGUCAAGGGUCUAGAUUUUCUGUAUGACGACCUCUCGGUUCGCCUAAUAGAAUGGAUUGAAAUGCUCAACCUACUUGGAGCCGAUAAAAUAUUCUUCUAUAAUCUACAAGUCCAUCCGAAUAUUUCAAAAGUUCUCAGCCAUUACGAACAAGAGGGAAUUGUUCAAGUAAUUCCACUAACCUUGCCCGGAGGUCAACCGAAUGUGCCUGGUUUUCAGCAUCUGUACCUGAAAAAGAAAACUAAUCACAAACGCCAAAACGAAGUUAUACCCUACAACGACUGUCUAUAUAAGAAUAUCUAUCGAUACGAUUACAUAGCUCUGCUUGAUAUCGACGAAGUGAUUAUGCCCAAAAAUGACGACACCUCAUGGAUGGAACUGAUGAAACGCGUAAUACCAAAAGCCAAGAAGAUAAGACCCGAAGGUUUUGCAAGCUAUAACUUUCGUAAUGUAUAUUUCCUGGAUGACCAUCAACAUGAUCAUGGCUGGCACAAAGAUGUACCCAAGUAUAUGCAUAUGUUGCAGCAUGUACAUCGAGCGAAAAACUACACCAAGCCAAACCAAUACGUAAAAUGCUUCCACAAUCCCGAAAAGGUGCUCACUCUGCACAACCAUUUCCCAUUAGCAUGCCUGGGUGGGGUUUGCAAGUCCUAUCCAGUGGACACAGAAGACGCCCAAUUGCAGCAUUAUAGGGCAGAUUGUGUUAAGACAUUGCUCAAAUCUUGUGAACAGUAUCGUGAAAAUUCAAUAGAAGAUAAAACCAUUUGGAAGUACAAGGACGAGCUUGUAAGACGAUCAGUUAAAACACUAGAAACACUUGGAUAUUUUAAGAAAACAUCAUCAAACUCAAUCGCGUCCACACCAAAUGGCUCAACAGAACGGUGAUUUUUGCUUAAUUGGUGACGAUUGUUUUGGAAGCAAAAGCAUGAAGAAACCCAUAAACAGAACAAUUGCUUGUGACCAAAAAGCCUAAAUAUAAUAGUUUUAAUGCAAUAAUCAUUAUUAUCAUAAUCAUGUAUUUCGUGGGAUUUUAAUGGUGUUAUCAAAACUUCAACAUCAUUUUUAUAAAACAAUCACAUCUGUUCUAUAUUUGUAUAAGAUUUUCCGUUUAAACUGAUUUUUUAAAAGUCCCAAGUCUGUUUUACUACUGCCCUCUUACUAUCGGUGCUACAAGUUAGUCCUCACUUACAGUUAAAGCAAAAUAGCUGAAAUUUAAAUUAGGACAAAAAAGUGAGGGACGCCUAAAAAGCCCAGUGUUGUUGUUUUCUUCAAACACAUUUUUAAAGUACUUAAAGUGAGGAGUUAAAAAUGAUUUGUUAUAAAAAGCCCAGUAAUCUAGUCGAUUCUAUAGAGGAAGGUCAUGCAUCAAUUCCGACAGCUGUGAUUCUCGGUUCGAUUGUCUAUGAAGAAGGUCUAAUUACAUAAUGCUGCAUGUGUUCAAAUUCAACGUCUAUAAGACCAAAAAUGUUCAAUAUUUUGCCAACAAAAGACGUCGAUGGUAACAUUCCUUAGACCUCUUUAAAAACUGUUCGAACAUGAGAGAGGGAGUAGUAUUUCUAGAAGCAAAACAAAAUUCCCUAAAACAAUAUACAUAUUUCAAAAAUAUUAAAUUAAAAUAAAAAAAGGAAAACAGUAGUGAGCUCAAUUUGUAAGACGUUUUAUUGACUCAAAGAUUGUAGUAUAAUUUACUUUUCCAAUAUCGUCAACAACUCGAUCAAAAACUACAGCUUCUGCAUUUGACGCAUUGACUUACAUAUGUAUUAGUUUACUGGAGUAAAAAUAAAGAUAAAAACUUGUGCCUUUGACAUUAACAAAACAUAAAUAAAAAAUAAUACCUACCCCGUAUUUGAACUAAGAAAAUUAUAUCGUUACUAUUUUAGAACUUUAAAAAAAAUAGUGAUUUCAAGAUUGUUGAAUUAAAAUAAUAGGAACAAUUUUAUGUAUACCUUCCUAUAAACAUGUACUUACACUUUUUCAAAAAUAUCUCAACAUCAAUGAGAGUUAAAAAUGACUGCUUUAAUUUUAAAAGAAAUCCGAGAUAAUAAUUUACAUUAAUAAUGGAUAUAAUAUUUUUAAGAUAAACCUACCUACAUAUAUAUAGAGAGUAUUUUUACUUGUCAUUUUUAUUUGCAACCUGCAAAGUAAGGUGGACCGCAAAUUUAAUAAGUUUUUUAAAAUUUAAACUAAAAAUCAGCUACCAAAAAGAAGCUUUCUUAUAACAGGUUGGGGUGCCCUGUUUUCCAAUUUUUCCGCUUUAUUUUGUUGUAUUAUUGACAACAAUUUUAUUUUAAAAUUUAAUAAAUUUCCUUUA